AUGCCAGCUCAAUUGACCGUCAACGCUACUGAAUUCACUUUAAACAACGGAACCAAGAUUCCAGCAGUGGGCUUGGGAACAUGGCAAGCAACUGAAGAUGACGCCGCUUACAAAGCCGUCUUGGCAGCCUUGCAGAACGGAUACAAGCACAUUGACACGGCACACAUCUACCGCAACGAGGAACAAGUUGGCCGUGCCAUCAAAGACCUGAAGAUCCCACGUGAGCAAUUGUUCAUCACCACCAAGCUUUGGAAUGCCGAUCACAAGAACGUGGAAGCUGCUUUGGAUGCCUCGCUUGCUAAGCUCGGCUUGGACUAUGUCGACUUGUACUUGAUCCACUGGCCAGUGUCAACGAACCCGGAAACCAACAAGCCAUACGAAGAUUGGGAUUUCGUCGAUACCUGGAAAGAAUUGCAAAAGAUCUACAAGCAAAGCUCAAAAGUCAAGGCUAUUGGAGUUUCCAACUUUACCGUGAAGAAGUUGCAAAAGUUGUUGAGUGCCAAUGGAGUCGACGUUGUGCCAGCUGCAAAUCAAGUUGAAGCACAUCCUUUGUUGACCCAGCCUGAAUUGGUUGAGUUUUUAAAAUCCAAGAACAUCAAGUUGGAGGCCUACUCGCCUUUGGGCUCGACUGACUCUCCAUUGUUCAAGAACCCUACCAUUGUUGAAAUUGCCGAAAAGAAUGGAGUUGAGCCCGCGCAAGUGUUGGUCUCGUGGGCUGUUCAAAGAGAUACUGUGGUUUUGCCUAAAUCGGUUACUGAAUCCAGAGUCAUCUCCAACAUCAAGACAUUCACCUUGUCAAAGGAAGAUUUCGAUGCAUUGAACAACCUUUCCGAAAAGGAUGGUGUAGUCAGAACUUGUAACCCAGGAUUCAACAAUUUCGACGAUUAG